UCGCGAAUAUGGCUGAGAUUUCGUAGAGAAUGGAAUGAAUUGAACAGAGACCAGCUACGGUGGGAAAGACGGACGAGGGGAAUAGAUGUUUGUGAAAAUACGAGUAAGGGAGGCACAAGCCGGGCGCAGAGAUAGGCCCCGGGACUUGAGAAACAUCGGAUGUUCUCGGGUGCGACUGCUAUCUGAUGUCGAGCCAGGCUGCUGGUUCAGAAGGGUGAGUUCAGGUCUGGCGAUUCAAUGAGUGGAAACGGGUCAUCCGAGCGUUUGGAAGUUGGAGAAAUGCGAGCACAAGUGUCGAGGAGAUUGAUUGACGAAUGUUAUCGCUUCAAAGUUUCCGCAUUUGAGCCCUUGACCCACAUCUGGACCUCCAUGCAACUCCAUCACUUAUUUUUGAACAGGGACGGCCAAGUGGCUUGAUGGAUGUCGAGCCUCGCCGCCGCCAAGAGACGGCUUUGCCUUUUCUCUCAGUCGCAACCGUCUCACCUGCGCUGUCCGUGGCGCUCGGAGGGGCUGCGGGAAGAAGCGAGAAAGUUGACGAUGCUCGACAGCCGAGACUCGUCGAGUCCCUUCGCAAGUCUCUCCUUAUCUCAGCCCUUCGUCGCUCUCACUUCUUGGUCAGUACAGCAUAAUGCCGGGAUAUAUAGAGGGGGCGCGGCGUUGUGUCUGCGAUAGUUAAUACGGAGUACCUACGAGAGAUAUUUAGAGACCGAGGAAAACGCUUAAUGAUAACUCGCGUAUCGUCUCGUUUUAUCUCCCGUUUCCCUCGCCGUCGGCUAUGUCUCCUCGAGUGUCU